UGAAUGUAUUCUUGAAAACUACGUCCUUGCAGGCUCUUGACAUUGGACAAUUAACUCAGGAAGGUGUGAAUUAUUUUUUAAACUAAACACGGCUCCAAUGUUACAUAGUUAUGUAAUAAAUAAGUGAAUAUUCAUUAAGGUUUGGUCCAAGAGUGUUAAUAACUAAACUAAACAUAGCUCCAAUGUUACAUGGUUAUGUAAUAAAUAAGUGCAUAUUCAUUGAAGUUUGGUCCAGGAGUGCAACUAAAACUUUGUUGUUAAUGGCUGUAAUAUCACCUUCCCAAGCAUUCAGCUACGAUGUGUUCCUGAAUUUCAGAGGCUCAGACACACGCCAAGGUUUUACUGGCUAUCUCAACAAAGCUCUUCAUGACAGUGGAAUCCACGUUUUCAUUGAUGAUGAGGGCCUUCAGAGUGGAAAGAUAAUAACACCAGAACUCAAGGAGGCAAUUGAAAAGUCCAGGAUUGCGAUUCCCGUGCUCUCUACAAACUAUGCUUCUUCUUCCUUCUGUUUAGAUGAGCUUGCAGUCAUUCUUGACUGCUCCAGAAGGAAUGGACUCUUGGUGUUGCCUGUCUUUUACAAAGUGCCUCCUCGUCAUGUCAGACACCAGCAAGGAAGUUAUGGAGAAGCAUUGGCCAGACUAGAGAAAAGGCUUCUUGAGGAACAUAACAUGGAGAAUUGGAAGAUGGCACUGAAAGAAGUAGCUGGCCAUUCUGGCUUUCAUUUCGAGGAUGGAAAGGAAUAUGAGCACAAGCUUGUUGAGAAGAUUGUUGAGCGUGUCUUCAGCUUCAUUAAUAAUGGGGAAGAAAGAUUGCAUGUUGCAGAUUACCCAGUUGGACUAGGAUCACAGGUGCUAGAAAUAAGGAAGCUUUUGGAUGCUAGAAAAAACGAUGCUAGCGUCAACAUGAUAGGGAUCCACGGAAUGGGCGGUGUAGGGAAAUCAACACUUGCUCGCGCAGUUUAUAAUUUGAUCACUGAUCAAUUUGAAGGUUCGUGUUUUCUCCAAAAUGUAAGAGAAGAAUCAAACAAACAUGGGUUAAAACACCUUCAAAGCAUCAUUCUUUCACAGGUACUUGGAAUGAAAGAAAUCAACUUAGCAAGUGAGCAACAAGGAAUUUCAAUAAUAAAAAAUAGGCUCAAGCGAAAGAAGGUUCUCUUAAUUCUGGAUGACGUAGACCAGCACAAGCAAUUACAAGGAAUUGCAGGAAGUUCUGAUUGGUUUGGUCCCGGCAGCAUAGUCAUCAUCACCACUCGCGACAAACAACUUCUAGCAUCUCAUGAGGUUAAAACAACGCAUGAGAUGAAGGAAUUGAAUAAGGAAGAUGCUCUUAAGUUGCUUAAAUUCAAAGCUUUUAAAAAUGGAGAAGUUUAUCCAAGUUACACGGAGGUAUUGGAUCAGGUAGUAACUUAUGCUUCUGGUAUUCCACUGGCUUUGGAAGUCAUAGGUUCAAACUUGUUUGGAAAAAGUGUACAAGAAUGGGAAUCUGCUAUCAAACAAUAUAAAAGAAUUCCUAAUAAUCAAAUCCGAGAGAUACUUGAAGUAAGCUUUGAUUCAUUGGGAGAAGAAGAGAAGAGUGUUUUUCUUGACAUUGCUUGUUGUUUCAAAGGGUAUAAAUUGUGGGAGAUUGAAGAGAAACUUUGUGCUCUUUAUGAUAACUGCAUGAAAUACCAUAUUGGGGUGCUAAUUGAAAAGUCUCUCAUAAAGAUUAGUCAUGAUGAAAGAGUUACAUUUCAUGACUUGAUCGAGGACAUGGGUAAAAAAAUUGACCAUCAGCAAUCACCGAGAGAGCCAGGGAAGCGCAGGAGAUUAUGGUUACAUGAAGAUAUAAUUCAAGUUCUGAAAGACAACUCGGUGAGUGACUGACUUAUGAAUGGUUUUGUCUCUCAUAAUUUGUCUGUCUAUUGAAUUUUUUCAUCACAUUUGUCUUUUUUCUUACAAUUUGUAAAUUUUGAAUUAAUGUCUAAUAUAUACUUGUACUGUUGUUGAUUCGUGCAUUUUGCUAUGACAGGGAACUAGUGAAAUCAAAAUUAUCUUUCUGGAUUUCCCCAUAUCCAACAUCCAAGUAGUAGAAUGGGAUGG